CAAAUCGUCAUCUGGGUGAUUCACUCUGGCCGAACCUUUCCCGUGUUGAUACUCAUAAAUUUCCAGGACCUCUGAUAUAUUCAGAUUCACUCCCCCAGAAUGGUGAACCUUACAAGGUUCUUUGUCAUCACAACCAUGACAGAGACCUUAGCGCUACUGUUGUAUGUCUAUGAGUAUGAAGCAGUAGUCCAGGAGUGUUCAGACGUCUGCGACUUUUACGAGUGGGGUAAAGACGCCCAGUGCCAAGGUCGCAAUCUUGAGUCCAUUCCUCAAGAGUGCAUCCACGCCAAGACCCUUCAUAUGCAGGACAACCGGGUGUCGAAGUUGGCUCAAGGCUCAUUGAGAAACUUCACCUGCCUCAAGUACCUGUACCUGGAGAGGAACAACAUGACGGUUGAGGUAGGAUCCUUCGAAGGAUGUUCUAUGUUGGAGAAGAUUCAUCUGAACCAAAACCACCUACCGAUAUUGACUCAACGUAUGCUGGAUGGAAUGCCCAAUGUCCUUUACAUGUUCUUGGACAAUGCCAGCGUUCACCAGAUUCAACCUGAUGCCUUCGGGAAUCUGCAACAUUUGAAGUUCUUAUCCCUUGAAGACAAUCGACUAGAGACACCACCUUGUGGCGCGUUCGGUCCUGAUAAUUCCCUCGAGACUCUUUAUCUCUCACAGAACAACAUCUCCAAUUUGCCAGACAACUGUUUCAUGGACUUCAGUCACCUUACCAAGCUGUAUCUGAAAAGAAAUCCCCUCGUUAACCCGAACCCGUUGGCAUUCAAAGGUUUAGACCGACUAACUCUGUUGGACCUCCAGUAUACCAACUUGACAGAAGUUCCAACCGGUAUAUUUCAAAACGCCAUUAACAUUGAAAAAUUGUAUCUUUCCUACAACAAUAUCACGCAUUUGUCUGACCGUGACUUCAUGAGUCUGUAUAGGCUAACGCACCUUUAUCUCCAUCACAAUAAUAUAAUCGUAAUCCAAAAACAAUCAUUGGAGUUCCUGGGUUCUCUUCGUAUGUUGGACCUUUCUUUCAACAGAAUCAACUCCAUUGCGGAGAACGCGCUUUCGCAUCUCAGUAAUAUCAGAGAAAUUAAACUGCAAAAUAAUCUCUUAACAUCGGCGCGAAAUGUUUCCUUUCAGGCAUUACCAAGUGGAACCAAUUUCAACCUAGCCCUCAACCCACUGCAAUGUGACUGUACCCUGGCACCAUUUCUGGCCUGGUCUAAGGUGUCAUUAACCAAUGUCAUUGAGGAUUCGCCAAGUCAGCCAAAUCAUGCCCGAUGUGCAUCCCCUCCUGCGCUUGCAGGAAGAUUUAUCCUGAGCAUUCUCCAUAGUGACAUUUGUCCUGAAGAAAGUCACAUAGCCUUUGAACCACUUACACAAUCCGCCCCCGAAAUAGAAAUGGAAGAGCGAAUUCAUGUCCCUUCUGAUGUAACUUCUGCAUUUCCAACAUUUACGGUGGUCAUCGUUAGUGCAGUGUUUGUUCUCGUCAGUGUAGUCAUCUUUACUUUUGUCUUUUGUAGGAAGCGACUUUAUGGAAGAACACAACUUGAAGAUCCCGAAAAUGGAAUUCAAAUAACCCCAAACCCUCUAAAUCCCGAUGUUUUCCGUGGUCGCGGACAUGCAGCAUUGUCAUCGUCUCCACCUCCAGGGCUGACUGAUGGCGCGAAUAGUCCGUACUAUCUUUCACUCGACGGUGAUAGCCAAUGUCGAUCACACGGAUUCCAUCCCCUUCAUCAUCCUAUGCCCCCUUGCUUCUCAUCUCAGUCUAACGUAGAUGUGAUCGAUGAGCCUUUGAAGGACUCGACUCAGAAUGACAUAGUCUACUCUAGCGUGCUACCUGAUGGAGUUCGCCAAAAUAAAAAUGAAGCUGACGUCAUUAACUAUACAACUGUUCUACCUGAUGAACCAAGACAAGAACCGAGACCACCAAGUAUCACGGACGAGGAGCCUAUUGAGGAAUGGUUGAAGAAUAAUUUUCGAUUCGAUACCGACCCCAGGUCCUCUGGAAUGACUGAGGAGGUAGAGUCUAACCCAACUGGAAAUGCUCGGUCACCUUACGUUACAGCGAUCACACCUAAAUAGACAUGUUGGCAUCGAUAGCUAUAUUGAUAAGAGUCUUUAAAAAAACACUUUUUUGUGUGUUAGCCGUAUAUGAAAUUCUUCACUUGAUUUCUUCAGAUUUUUCAAUUGAUAUGUCCUAUGCACUGUACUGUACAGUAUGUACAAGGUAAUAAGUCGGAAUUAGGUCCUACAUCAAAAUAGGAGAGAAUUCUGUUUCUGUUAUGGUAUAGCUCCCGUAGGAACUCGGCUAGGAAUCAGAUUCAUGCUGGUCUAACGCCAAGCUGGUACAUAACCAAUAAGACACAUUCCUUUGUGAAUUGGCAACAUACCCCCUCCCCCUCCUCCCCCCCCCCACACACACUAUAGGCUAUCUACGUGAAGAUGGAAGUGUAGCAUCAAGGUACAAUAAUCAGGUUCAAGGUAUGGUAAUAUUUUUUACGUCUUCAUGCAAAUAGUGGCUGAACUUGUAAACGAAAGAAAUGACAAUCGGGUCGUUUUAUCAUAGUGAUCGAGAUAAUGGCAGAGCGGGGAUUCGAACUAACGAUCAUGAGUAAUCCUCGAACCAUGUACGACCCGUCACCGUGCUCAUGAAUGGUGACGACAACGAAGAUGACAAAGAAGGUUUCUUAUUCUCUUGAAAUUCUUCAUUUUGAUCGCUGGGUAUGCACAGAGCUUGCCGCUAAAGAUCCCCGAAUUCUUAAAUAUAAGUUUAUUCUGCUGGGCUUUUUUCCGUGCUGGUGCUGGCGCUGGCGUCCAUGGAACUUUAUUUUUAUGGUUUUUGUACAAUAUCAUGUAAGCUUUUUAUAAAAUAAAUUGUCCGGCAAAAAUUUUAAGAGCAUUUUAUUCGACCAAUCAUGUACUUUUGCCCGUCCACGAAUGAGAAAAAAAAUGUGUAUCAUGCAUGAAUAUUGCCUUUAUGAAGAGAUUUUUUUUUUAGAAUUAGUGUUGUUUUUAACGUAACUUCAUGGUCAAGUUAAAGUCCCAAAUAUCAGAAUACCAUUUUUUAAAUGUAUAUGGUAUGAAAUUGCUGACUUUGUCAUACGAUCUUUUUUUUACAGUACUUAGUUACAGCUCUGCACAAAGAUGAUAGGCCUAGUUUGAGAACGUGUUCUUCAUAUACAUGUAUCUUGUAUGUAAAUGUUUGUUUGGUAUGUCAUAAUCAUAUACAUAUUACGCUGUAAAUACGAUUUUCACAGUUCUUAUAAAAAUGUGUUCUUCCGGCAGAUUUGGUAUUCAUGAAUAGGGCCCAAGAAUAAUUUCGGUACGUGUAUAUAUAGCCUAAGGAACUUCUUUACCAUACCUUGCCAGUUUAAUUUUGCAGUGUAUAUUGGUGAAAACUUGGAUUAAGAAUUGUAAAGAAGAAAAUUUAUUCAUCAAUUAUUUCAGGGACCGCAGAACCCCCCCCCCCCACACACACACACACCAUUCUCCAAAACCGUUUACAAAAAGCUGGAAAUUGCCAUUUCAAUGUAUGUGUUUUUUUUAUAUGGUCAGGGUCCCACUUUUUACUUAUCAACCGAACCCCCCCCCCCCAAAAAAAAAAACUUUCAAAAACGUUCCGCAGCCCCUGUAUUUAAGGAAACUGUAUUUCAUUUAGUUUCAAAUCGUCCGUAUUUGCUAUAAUCAAGUUUUGGUUAUUCGUCUUUCUAUUGUCACAUGAGUUUUACAAUUAGCAUCGCUCUUUUUUACAACUUUUAUCUAAAAAGUAUGAUUGUUAAAUAAACAGCAAAUACUUUUUUUUA